AUGCGGUGUAAAGUCCUCGUCUAUGUCGUCCUCCUGACUCUCAUAAAGCAUGUGUCUCCAAGGGAAAUUCAGGCCAACCCGAAUACAAAUGCAACCCUCCCCUGCAAUGUGACGCUCCCUCUUUCUGUAAACGGGGACAAAAUAGACAAGUCUCUCCUCAAAGUGCACUGGAUAAGUAAUGGCUCUGACAUCGCCUCAUUCAAAGAAGCAAUGAUGCAAAUAAAGGAAGGCUUCAGUUGGGACAACAGUGAUUUUGUCAACGGGGACUUUUCACUGACUGUCCUCAAAGCCGCUCUGGACCUGCAGGGGGUGUAUGAAUGCACAGUCAGCUCCAACUCCACAAGGCUGCACUCCAGCAACAUUACAUUUAGUAUCCUCGCUUCCCCCACUCUGUCAAUCCCUCAGCAGUGGGUGGUGUUGGAAACAGAGAGCCAGCUUAAAUGCCAUGCAGAUGGUUUCUACCCUCCUCCUGUCAAUUUCUCCUGGACCCGAGAUGGGCAGGUAAUUCAACCUCCCUACUAUGUUGAAGGUGAACAGACUUCUGAUGGGUACUACGUGGCUGUGGGCAACCUGACCUUCUACCCUUCCCGCGAGGACCAGAAUGUGACCUUUGGCUGCAAAGUGUCCCACAAAGGCAGCAAUCAAAACCUGUUUUUCCAACUCAACAUCACAUACACUCCUUCUGUAAGACUUUCUGCAUUGCCUUCGCGCUCCGGGAACACCCCUCUCACUCUUUACUGUGACGUGGAGAGUUUCUACCCGGAAGAAGUAUCUGUGUCCUGGCUUCAAAACAGCACAGUCCUCCCUGAGCCCCCCGCCACUGAGCAGAACCCAGAUGGGACCUACAGAACCAGACACUAUUAUACUUUGAGCCCUGAGCAGAGGGAGCAAGGUGGGAAGGUGGAGUGUGCAGUAAACCAACCUGGGGUAGUGCACCCAGUCAGUGGCUCAGCGUACCUAAAUAAACUGGAUCCCCAAGAUGAGACUCCAGUGUUGACUAAAUCAGCCAAAGCAUCUGUUGCUAUGAUGAGUAUUUCUAUUGUGCUGGUCUUCCUGCUCUGCUUUGGCUUUUCUUGGAGGAGAAGGGAUGAGAAACAGAAGUCUUUGAAUGUGUCAGGAAUCAUCCUCCCACCACACGUGAUUGUAGGUCAAAAGGGCAGAGUGACAGUGAGCAUUGAGGGCAGGAUGGUAGACCGAGUCCAGACGGCAUGGUUCCUUAAUGACACCCCUAUCUCUGACACUUCACUCACAGCGUCAGAGAAAGGCCCUCUGCUGCAGACUAGAGGCGACAUGGGUUACUACAAGCUGCACACUCAGGGCCCACUGCACUCCUCUGGAAGUGGCAUUCAACAGCUGAUUUCCUCGCUCACCUUCAUUCCCCGGAUUUCAAAACACAAGGCGGCUGUGUUUAAGUGCCAGGUAUCCUACAUGGGCAAAGAUAAGAUUGUGGUGGAGAGGGUGUCAGAGAAGUUCACAAUCCUGUUUCAAUACAUUAUGUAAACUAUUGAUCAUGACAGGCUACAUACAUCCAAUGUCUGUCUUCCAGAUGUCAUCAGCAUGACUGUUCGAGCAUCACAUUUCCAUCCGGAUGUCAUUACCUUCCGCUGGUUCUGCCAAGGGAGUGAGCUGAGCCCUGUGGCCUCCCAGGCCUCUUCCUCCCCACGACCCGAUUCUGAAGGCUUCUUUUCAGCCUUCAGCCAGUGUAAACUGCCCCGAAGUGAACUGGAAAAGGGAGGCACUAAAGUGUGGGUCAGUGUCCACCACAUCGCCCUGAAGCAGCCGGUCACCCGCGAGACCAGAGGAUUCAUCAAAAGGCCGUGUGUGUCCGAAAUCGUUGGCUUCGGUUCUGCACCAGGGCAGACUUUGUCCCUUGGAUGUGAAAUCACAGAUUUCUACCCUCCGAACAUAACAGUCACCUGGUUGAGGCUCAGAGAGGGGGAGCAAGAUGACAGAGAUGAGGAGGUGAUAGCGGGAGGAGAGAUGUGGGGCCCCGUACAGACUCAUCCCAGACUCUACAGGGCAACCGCCACUCUGAAGAGAAAGGCAACAAAUCAGGAGAAAAGGGAGAGAGGAGGAGGGAUUAUUUGUAGAGUGGAGCACUGUUCCCUACAGGAGCCUAUUGAGAAACAGUGGAGAAGUGUUGACAUUGGUAUGAAUCAUUAUAGACACAAUAGCUUUUGA